AUGGCCAGCCAGACGCAAGGUAUCCAGCAGCUUUUGGCUGCUGAGAAGAAAGCAGCUGAUAAAGUUACCGAGGCCCGAAAACGUAAAGCACGUAGGUUGAAGCAGGCUAAAGAAGAAGCUCAGGAUGAGAUUGAAAAGUACAGGCAGGAACGUGAGAAACAGUUUAAAGAAUUUGAAGCCAAGCACAUGGGCUCCAAAGAGGGUGUAGCGGCUCGUAUUGACGCAGACACAAAAUUAAAAAUAGAAGAAAUGAACAGUCAAUUAUUGACUCACAAGGAUGCGGUAAUCCAGAAAAUUCUGGAGUUGGUGUACGACAUCAAGCCCGAGUUGCACCGCAACUAUCGCAUUGAAGCCUAA